GUCUUCAUCGACCGACAUCCUGGACAGCAGUUUCCCAAAUGCCCAUGGUGUCGGCGUGCACUGAGCGCGGCAAGAUGUUGGCGGAAGACGCCCACCGAGCUGUGGAGUGUCUUUUCGCAACAGUCUUUGUGCCUCUCCACGGCGUGCCCAGUGCCACACCUGCUGCUGCACCACAGCACUGCGUCACUCGGAGGCCGUCACAGACGCAGAAGGUUCGGAUGCUCCGUCCCUCCCAUGAGCAGCUCGAGAACCUCGUCAGCGCCAAGGUGCGACUGGAACGGGCGAGCAAAGCCACAUCGUCCAGAUUUGUGGCCAGCAGACAGAAGCACACAGCCGGAUCUCGACGACAAGGCGCUAAGCUUAGCGACCGUCCGGAAGGUGGUGAAGGACUCCAGCCGCAUGAGUCCUCACGAGGUGUGUCAGGGCGAAAGUUCCCCCCGGCGAUGGCUGCGCCGAGAAGGCACUUGGCUUGCGGUGGCGACGUUGUGGACUGGUGUAUCUCCCCCUGGACCGACAAAG